UCGUUUGAGGUUUCUGGGCCUAAUGGUUGUGUGGACGGUUGUGAUUUUUCGCGACCCCUUCGUGCUAUCCUCUUCUGCCAGUGUUCUUGCUUCCGUGAACUCGUCAGCCGAGUGGUACCGCAAAGAUUGGCCUCAAUUGUUGACUGGCCGCCGAGGUCACUGAGCCUUCAGACGGGCUUAACUUCGGACUUGAAAAAUGGCAUUCAAGUGUUGAGCACUUUGGUACAAUUCAUAGUCCGACGAAAGUUGUCGAGCCUGAUGCUGGUGUAG